AAUGUAUUCUCUUUGGUUCUACAUUGUUAUCUUGACAGACGUGUUUUUUUCAUUAAAUUACAUAUUGUGAAAACUCCACUGAUUUGAAAAUUGUGUUGCAAAAAUUAUUUUACAAUGGAGGAAUAUGCAAGAGAACCGUGUCCAUUUCGAAUUGUUGAUGAUUGUGGUGGUGCUUUUGCAAUGGGAUGUAUUGGUGGUGGAAUAUUUCAAGCAAUUAAAGGUUUUCGAAAUGCUCCCUCGGGAAUGAAUAAAAGAAUAAUUGGUAGUUUGUCGGCAAUUAAAAUAAGAUCUCCCGUAAUCGCUGGCAACUUCGCAGUGUGGGGUGGUAUGUUUAGUACCAUAGACUGUACACUUGUACAUUUUCGUAAAAAGGAAGAUCCAUGGAAUUCAAUAAUAAGUGGCUUUGCGACAGGCGGAAUAUUAGCAGCAAGAAACGGUGUUCCUGCCAUGGCUGGGAGUGCUAUAAUCGGUGGCGUUUUAUUGGCUUUAAUAGAAGGUGUUGGAAUUCUAUUUACGAGACUUUCCUCAGAACAAUUUCGAAACCCUCUGCCGCCAAAUGAAGAUCCUAGUGUCUUAGACGAAACAUCAAAGUUUAGUUUCGGUUCAACUUCUAAACAGGAACAGUAUCAUUAAAAUUUGAAAAUAUUCAAACAAAAUGUUAUUUCAUUUUUAGAUUAAUUUAUAAUGUUAAUAAAUCAGUUUUUAAAAUAU